AUGAAUAACUUAAAAUUAGAAGUGACUAAUAAUUUGAUACGUUCAAAAUCGUUAAGCUCCCUAGAGUUCCUCGAUAAUGUGAGUAACGGUCUGAAAGUAUUUCAACAACACCUUGUUCAAUACAAAGACAAUUGCGAUAGAAGUCAUGCCUCCGAUAAUGAGCUUGAAUGGGAAGAAUCUUUUGGUGAGGAACCGGAAUAUCUUAUUUACGAGAAAAUAAACAAUUCGGCGCUAAAUUCGACGCAGGACGUUGAAUCUAUAUGUACACUGGAAAGCAAAAUUGAGAAGCUCAACGAUUUACUACUUGAACAGCAAAAGCUCUUAGUUGGAAUCAAAGAGGAUAUAAAGGGUUCAUUGCUUAAUGGAGCCAUAGAUGAAUCAAAAACGGCUCUAGCAGACCAAUCAUUUGAAGAUCUCACUUUAAAGGACCUCAUUAGAUCAACACUUAAGGAAAUUAUCCCUAUGAAGUUCGAAGACAACAAUGACCGAGCUAAGAGCUUAUUUGACGCCAUAGAACAAAAACAUACGCGGUGUCUGGACCAAGGGAUUAAGGACGCACUAACCGAGUUUCUUCAGGACGAUGCCUUAAAAGAGCGCAUAGUGUCAGCAACAAAACAAUGCGUGAAGGAUGUGAUUCGGAGCUGCUUCUCCCAAAGCUUCUCUACGUCCUACCUGCCGUUACUGGAGCGAUCCCAUCGUCACCUGCUCAGACAGGUCACUAAAAUUCUAGAGGAUUCUUUCAAAGAGCUGGAAGAAAACUCGACUAUGUUUACUAAAUCCGUGCAUAAGACUUCGAAAACGCUCCGUAAAGCUCUAGAACGUCAUCAAAGCUUGCUGGAGGAGGCGGAUCACAACAUAAACCUGACAAAGCAUCUGCAACGGAGCUUACAAGAGAUUCUUCAAAAGGAGUUGAAAGAAUGGCGAGAAAAUUUAUAUCAAGUUUUAUUGAUGCCAGAACAUAAUGAACAUGACAAUUCAGAAGAUAAUGUUUCAAGCCCUUCCACUUCAAACUAUACACCAAUAAGCCCUCCGCAGCCCGCAGAUCCCGAACGAUCGAUUAUUGAACAACUGAUGAAGUCAGCCGAAGUUAACAAGCUAAUUAAAGAAGGUAACGUCAAUGGGUCGUUCGAAAAGGCACUGUCUUCGUCGGAUCUAUCGCUUGUGAUGGCAGCAUGUCGAGCGGCGGACCCUGUGAAAGUUUUUUCACCGCCGUGCAAAUUACGUCAGUCGGUGUUGCUGUCACUUAUACAACAACUGGCAACCGAUAUGGUUCACGAUACGCAAUUAAAGUGCAGAUACCUCGAAGACGCCAUAAUAAAUUUAAAUACUUUAGAUUCUGUUACCCGAAGUCAUUUGCCUAUGGUUGUUGCAGAAGUUCGCAAGCAUCUCACACAUUUUUUAUUAUCUUAUCCAAGUCACGUAGCGAGUAGAAGAGUUACAUUAAUUAUUAUGGCUGCUGAUUAUUUACUGAAAUCGUACGAUUAA